UCCUGACCCACAUCUAUGAGCGCAUGCAGGUGUACUCCACAGAGUGGUGAAGACUCAUCUCCCCCACUCAAGCUCCAUGUAUCCCGUCGCCAUGUUGAGAUGGACAAUGGAAUUGUUAAACUCACAUUAACAAAGCCGACAGGCAUGCUGACGGGAGUAGCAUACAAAGGAGUCAAAAACCUCCUGGAAUAUCGUCAUAAAGAAACACGAAGAGGGUAUUGGGAUAUCAUGUGGACUACGUCAAAGAAAGACAGAAGUUUCUUCGACACGCUCCAAGGUACUGGUUUCAGGGUUGUAGCACGGACUGAAGAUCAGAUAGAAGUUUCAUUCACAAAGACAUGGAAUGUCUCCAAUGGUGAAAAUGAUGUUCCUCUCAACAUAGACAAGAGGUUCAUAAUGCUUCGCGGAGUUUCUGGUUUCUAUUCAUAUGCAGUACUUGAACACUUGCAUGGAUGGCCUGAUCUAAACAUCGAUGAAGCAAGAAUUGCAUUCAAGCUUCGGCAAAACAUGUUCCGUUACAUGGCUAUAUCGGACGACAGGCAGAGAGUCAUGCCGACCGACCAUGACAGGACAGUAGGCCACACUCUUGAUUAUAGAGAAGCAGUUCUAUUGACAAAUCCCAGCAAUUCCAAGCUCAAAGGAGAGGUUGAUGACAAGUACCAGUACUCGUGUGACAACAAGGACAACCGAGUGCACGGUUGGAUUAGCUCUCAUCCGCACGUAGGCUUUUGGGUGAUAACACCAAGUGAUGAGUUCCGAGCUGGUGGUCCGGUGAAGCCGGAUCUUACUUCUCAUGCUGGCCCAACUUCCUUAGCCAUAUUCUUCAGUGACCAUUAUGCUGGGCCAGCUUUUGGAGUUAGAUUACGCGAUGGAGAGCCCUGGAAAAAGGUUUUCGGCCCUGUUUUCAUUUAUCUGAAUUCGGAUUCAGGCGAUAAACAGAGAACUCUUUGGGAAGAUGCAAAAGAGCAGAUGUCAAGAGAAACCAAGAAAUGGCCUUAUGAUUUCCCGUUAUGUAAGGAUUUUCCUCAUGCAAACGAACGUGGUGCGGUCCGUGGUCGAUUACUCGUCCAUGACAAGUACAUCAACAUGGACCUCGUACCAGCAAAAUCAGCUUAUGUGGGAUUGGCGCGACCUGGAGCUGUGGGAUCUUGGCAGGAUGAUGCUAAGGGCUAUCAGUUUUGGACACGAACGGAUGAAAUGGGGUACUUCAUGAUAAAGUUCGUUCGAGCAGACAAUUAUAAUUUGUAUGCCUGGGUUCCAGGGAUCCUCGGCGAGUAUAAACACGACAGCGAGGUUAUAAUAAAACCAGGAAGUGAGAUUCGAAUAGGUGAUCUUGUGUAUGAUCCUCCAAGAACUGGUCCGACCCUGUGGGAAAUCGGGAUCCCUGAUCGUACUGCUGCCGAAUUCUACAUUCCUGAUCCAGCCCCUGAACUUACGAACAAGUUAUACAUCAACCAUACAGAAAAGUUUAGACAAUACGGUUUGUGGGACAGAUAUACGGAUUUAUAUCCUGACGAAGAUCUGAUUUACACUGUUGGCGUCAGCGAUUAUAGAAAACACUGGUUCUUUGCCCAUGUUAACAGGAAAAUAAACAAAGAUAACUAUGUUCCUACCACAUGGAAAAUCUUGUUUGAUGUAAGAAAUGUCAUCAUGGCAGGACAAUAUACACUGAGGAUUGCUCUAGCAUCUGCUAGCUUGGCUGAAAUUCAAGUAUGGAUCAACGACCCGCACACACAGCGCCCUCAUUUUACGACAAGGCGGAUAGGUAGGGACAAUGCAAUAGCAAGACACGGCAUUCAUGGGAGAUACUGGCUGUAUAGAGUGGGUAUAUCAGGAUUCCAACUCGUGAAUGGGAAGAACACACUCUAUCUUAGGCAAGCAAGAGGCUCGAAUCCGUUCAUCGGAGUCAUGUAUGAUUACAUUCGCCUUGAAGGCCCGCCCGAACAAGACUAUUAGAUCGAUGAAGGAAGAAUUUUUCUUUGUGGCUUAAGGGUGAAAGGCUGUGAUAUACUUGAAUUCUUUGGCACCAGAGGAGAAAAGAGCAGGUUGAUUCUUAAUUUUUGCUUUGCUUUUCUGUUUGCAAACACAAAAAUCAAAGUAAGCUUCUUGCUUCAGAGACUCUUUGUUUUUAAUUGAUGAAUAUAAAUGGUUGUCCAGCUCUUCUGAGAGCAGCUGAAAUAUUUACUUGCUCACGAUUGACACAAA